CUCGCGCCAGUCUGACUGAUGCGCCGCCGUUGCUGCUCAGCAGUUAACGGGUCAGAGUCAGCGCGUGUCCGCGGCUCAGAGACCUUAUCGCGUCAUCCACGCAGUUUCCAGCUCUGUGGAGCAGGAAGACAGGCAGCUCACGGGGGGACACGGAACUUAAAGUGGGAUGACAUCUCAGCGAUGAACAGAGGGGCAUUCCCCACUGAUAGCAGUGAUGGAGAACACAACAUGGCCGUACCCCGCAUACGUCCCCCAUUACCUCCUGCGUGGCGACCCCUUUGCUUCGAGGCUCUCCAGAGAGGCGGACUUUAUUGCAGCUUUUUACAUCUGCAUCAUAGGAAUCCUGUCUGCAACAGGAAAUGGCUACGUCAUGUAUAUGACCAUCAAACGCAAGACCAAGCUGAAGCCUCCUGAACUCAUGAUCGUUAACCUUGCCAUUUUUGAUUUUGGCAUAUCAGUGACAGGAAAGCCGUUUUUUGUGGUGUCCAGUUUCUCCCACCGCUGGCUGUUCGGCUGGGAGGGCUGUCAGUUCUACGGCUGGGCAGGUUUCUUCUUUGGCUGCGGGAGCCUCAUCACCAUGACAGUGGUGAGCCUGGACCGCUACCUGAAGAUCUGCCACCUCCGAUACGGCACGUGGUUAAAACGCCACCACACCUUCAUCUGCUUGGCCUUUGUCUGGGUGUAUGUGGCCUUCUGGGCCACCAUGCCGCUGGUUGGCUGGGGCCACUACGCCCCGGAGCCGUUUGGGACCUCGUGCACCCUGGACUGGUGGCUCGCUCAAGCCUCUGUGUCGGGCCAAAGCUUCGUGUUGGCCAUACUCUUCUUCUGCUUCAUCCUCCCAGCAGGCAUCAUCGUCUUCUCCUACAUCAUGAUCAUUUUUAAAGUGAAGUCGUCGUCGAAGGAAAUCUCACACUACGAUGCCCGCAUACGAAACAACCACAACCUGGAGAUGAAACUCACAAAGGUGGCGAUGUUGAUCUGCGCGGGCUUCUUGAUCGCCUGGAUUCCGUACGCCGUGGUCUCUGUGGUGUCGGCGUUCGGUGAGCCGGACUCCAUCCCCAUCCCUGUGUCCGUCGUUCCCACGUUGCUCGCCAAGUCGUCAGCGAUGUACAAUCCAAUCAUCUACCAGCUGGUGGACCUGAAAAACUCCUGCGCCAACUGCUGCAUCAAGGUCGCGAAGAAACAGAAUCAUUUUAGGAAGUCGAGGUUCUACACAAUCUCCGGCUCAAUAAAGGACAGCGGACCAUCCAAAGACGCUCACAUCGAGAUGUAAAGCAAACUGUUGAGACUGCUGACCUUUCGUCUCUUCUACCGCGGACAUUUCGCCUUUGCCAUGCCCUCUGUGUGCCCAGCAGCUAACCAAUCACACUCUGCCUGCCUGCCAUGAGCUAAUCACCUGCUCACCUUCGUUGCCGAUUCCUGCGUGCUGCAGCUCCCUGCGUGCUGCAGGUCCCUGCGUGCUGCAGCUCCCUGCGUGCUGCAGCUCCCUGCGUGCUGCAGCUCCCUGCGUGCUGCAGCUCCCUGCGUGCUGCAGCUCCCUGCGUGCUGCAGCUCCCUGCCUACACAUGAUUCUAUCUCUGUUGUGUACACUGGUUUUUAAGUACAGAUAAAAUGUUGUGUUGAUUUUUCCAUCUCCAUUAUUCAAGAGUUCUCAAAAUAAAAAAGUAAACUAAUUGACUCAGGUUGGGGAACCGGUGAGGUUUCCAAGUCAAGACGGAUCUUAAGCUAUAAUGUUUUUGUGUAAAAUAUGGUUACAAUUCUCUAAAUUUGGUUUGUUUGACAUUUUUAGCUGAAUUAGAAAUUAUAACUUAAAUAACAACGCAAAAAAAAACAGAUUCAUGUUGAUGGUUUCUGCUGUUUGUACAGAUUGUUGGUGUUUGUACUUUUACACUUGUGUUGUAUAUGAAAAACAAUUUGUAAGUAUCUGGAUAAAACACUGGAUCAGAUUAUCUCACCUGGUUAACAGCAGAGAGAGAGAGAGAGACGACUUUUAACUCUGUUGACUGAAAAGUCAAACCAGGAAAAGUUGAGCAAUCAUUAUUUAGCAACAUCAAUCAAAAGUCAAUAGUGUGAGGUAUACAGUAGGUUUCCAAGGAAACACACACAGGAUGAGUGCACUUUACUUUCCAAGCCAUUCAGAAUGCACUGACGCCAGAUGUUGUAACAGUUUUACAUCUGGUUGAUUGUUGCAAAAUUGGGUUCAAUUAAUUAAAAAACAAAACAAAACAUUAAUUUCUACAAGUACCUACAUUUCUAGAAAUAGAGUUACAGUUAAUUCAGGGAUGACUAAAAUAUAUUUAUUUUUGCAAUAUCUUCUCUCUUUGUUUUGGUUACCACUGAAAAUAAAAGUU